AUGGCUAGGAUUAUAUAUUUGAUAUCUGUAAUUUUACUCGGAGCUUACUUAACAGAACAACUAGAGAGAGCAAAUUUUUUAUCUCACGAUUACAUUGAUAAAAUAAACAGCGUCGCUAAAACAUGGAAGGCUGGUGCAAAUUUUGAUCCUAAUACACCGAAAGAAGUAAUUUUGGGGUUGUUGGGUUCUAGAAGAAUUAGAAUAGCUAAUGAUAAAAACAUUUGUAGCCUACUAAAAACCAACGAUCCCUCGUACAGAUGGUACAACAGAAUUCACAAGAAAUUUGACGCGAGAAAACAUUGGCGCCGCUGUAAAACGAUAGGCGCAAUUCGCGACCAAGGAAACUGCGGUGCUUGUUGGGCUUUUAGUACCACUGGGGCAUUCGCAGACAGAUUGUGUGUGGCGACUAAAGGCAAAUACAAUCAACUCAUGUCCGCCGAAGAGCUAACAUUUUGCUGUCAUACUUGUGGUUUUGGAUGUUACGGAGGUGACCCGUUGCAAGCUUGGAUACAUUUUAAAAACCAUGGCGUGGUGUCCGGUGGCAACUACAAUACUACCGAUGGAUGUCAACCAUACCAAAUUGCACCUUGUCAUCACUGUCAAAGUGGAGUAGGUUCGUGUGAAAGCCACCAAGUAGAAAAAAAUCAUAAAUGCAGCAAAAAGUGUUACGGCAACAAAAAUAUCAACUUUAGAAGUGAUCACUCGAAGACUAAAAACGCGUAUUAUCUUGCAUUCGAAUCUAUUCAAAAGGACGUGCAAACUUACGGGCCAGUCGAAGCAUCAUUCGAUGUAUACGAUGACUUUUUGCAUUAUAAAUCUGGUGUUUACUCAAAAACUAAGAACGCAAAAUUUUUAGCAGCUCAUUCUGUUAAGUUAAUUGGCUGGGGAGUCGAGCACGGUGUAGACUAUUGGUUAAUGGUUAACUCUUGGGGCAAGGAAUGGGGACAUAAAGGACUUUUCAAAAUAAGAAGGGGCACAAAUGAAUGCGGAAUCGACAAUUCAACUACAGGAGGUGUACCUCUUAUCUAA